UCAACCCCCACUUUUUGAACCUCUCUUCAUCACCACAUUCCUCACAUCAUUACAACACCCAAAACUCCCAAAAAAACUAAAUCUUUCUCCAUAAAAAUCAAAACCCAUCAACUAAAUUUCAUCAAAUCAUCAAAAAAACAAAAUUCUUUUUUUUCUUUGAUAAUAAAAAUCUCACAUUAUUAUGGGAAAUAGCUUAAGGUGUUGUUUGGCAUGUGUACUUCCAUGUGGAGCACUAGACUUAAUUCGUAUAGUUCAUCUUAAUGGUUAUGUAGAAGAAAUCACAAGAAUUGUAACAGCUGGUGAAAUUCUCCAUGCAUAUCCAAACUAUGUCUUAAGUAAACCUUGUUCUCAAGGUAUGGUUAGAAAAAUCAUGAUUUUAUCACCUGAUUCUGAGCUUAAACGUGGUAGUAUUUACUUCUUAAUCCCUGAUUCUUCUCUACCAUCUGAUCAUUCUAAAUCAAAAAAAACUUCUUCUAAGAAUAAGAUCAAUGGUCAAAAAUUAAACCAUGAUAAUGAUCAUGGUUUAAUUAGUAAUAAACCUAAGAUUAUUACUACUAUUAUUGAUGAUAAUAAUAAUGUUGAUCAAAAUAGUAAUAAUAAUGAUAAUAGUAAGUUUUUGAGUUUAGAAGAUUUGUCAACAUUAAAUAAUGAUCUUGAAAAUAAAAAUGUGAUAGUUUGUGAUCAAACUAAUAAAUUGAAGUGUAAAUCCAAAUCUGGGAAGCAUCAAAGAAGAAGAAGCAGCAGGGGUAAAAGUGGAAUUUGGCAACCUCAUUUGGAGAGUAUUACUGAAGAUCAAUUAUGAAAUUUUUUUUUUUUGUCAAAAUUUUCAGGUGUUGAGGAGUUAAUUUAUUGUGGAUAUAUCUUUGUUUUGGUUUUUUUUCCUCCGAGUGCUUUGUAAUAUUGGCAAGUUCGGAUAUAUUGUAAUUUUUUUAUGGGUGCUCAAAUUAUUGAGAGUAGACCAAAAAGUUGGAAUAUAUACAACAACAAACUUGAGAAUGUAUUUAGAA